AUGACGGCUCACGUUACUGUGCCUCAGACGAUGAAAGCAUUAAGACUUGUUGAGUUUCAUAAAAACUACACCCUUCUCCAUGAUGUUCCAGUUCCCAAGCCAAAGCCCAAUGAAGUUCUCAUCCGUGUAGCAACCGCUGGUUUCUGUCACACCGAUCUCAUGGUAUAUCAUGGCAUAACCCAGGUAUCGUUACCUUUCAUUGGCUCUCAUGAACCAGCCGGAACAAUAGUCGCUCUUGGCUCUGAUGUACCUGGGAUAUGGCAUAUAGGGGAUCGUGUGGGAGUUACAAACUUUAUGGAUCCUUGUCAGGGCUGUAACGGAUGCAAAUGGGCUAUGCAGAGUCUUGGAUCGCUCGAUCCACGUUUCUGUGAUAAUAGGACUAUGUGUGGCAUCAUUCGUCGUGAUGGAGCCUUUGCCGAAUACAUGGUUUCCUGGCAUGGUGCUGUGGUGUCCUUGCCUGACAGCAUAGGUUUUGAGCAGGCGGCCCCUUUGAUGUGUGCCGGGGUGUGUUUCCCAGAGUUGAAAGUGUUCUAUUGCCCGUGCUCUGCUAACAACCAAUCUCAGGCAACUGUGUGGCACGCCAUUAACCAGGCCGAUACAACAAAGGGCGAGACCAUUGGCAUCAUCGGUAUAGGUGGCCUUGGGAUCUUGGGCAUUCAAUUUGCAAAGGCUCGAGGCUAUAGGGUGAUAGCUAUUGACAGCCAUGAGGUUGGUCUGAAGCUCGCUUCUGGAGUUCCCUCUCACCUCCAGCCGGAUCUCGUACUCAAGCUUGAUGACCCAGAAACUAUUCGGAAGAUCUCCGACUUUACCGACGGAAUUGGUCUCAAAGCUACCAUUGUGUGCACUAGCGAUGAUGCUGCCAGUGACUGGGCCGCUCAGCGUUUGCAACCAAGAGGAAUAUUAGUCGCUGCUGGCUUUCCUGAGCAUGGUCUCAAAUUCGACCCCAUGAAUCUCAUCUUGAGAGAGAUUUUCGUCAAGGGAACAGUCCAUGGUAGCAUGGGUGAGACUAGAGAGAUGAUGGAAUUUGUAGUUCAGCAUGGAAUACGCAGUCAUUUGACUUUGCUCACGAUGGAGGAGGCAGAAGAUAUCGCGGCCAAGUCAGAAGCUCACGCUUUCAUUGGUCGCCCUGUUAAUAUCUGCCUCCCUACGCAUAGCAUAAGACAACCGUACAGUUCCGAGCCUAUGGAAUACCCAGUUUGGUAUCUCCACAGCGAUCUUCUUAAAUCACUGGCCGGGCGGUGCAUUUAA